AUGUCUGCGAACCUCAUGGCGACGGUGGUACUGUUUUUGUUGGCGAUGACGACGGCAAUAAUGGUACUAGUGAGUGGCGAUGAUACAAGUUUCGUCUUCAAUGGAUUCCGAUCAGCUAAUUUAACCAUGGGUGGCGAUGCUUCUGUUAACUCCAAUGGCCUCCUCCAACUCACUAACGAAACCAAGAUGCAUGUGGGCCAUGCAUUUUAUCCCAGUCCACUUGUUUUCACCAACACUUCUUCUUUCUCUACCACUUUUGUUUUCGCCAUUAGACCUUUUUAUCCAGCUGUGAGUGGUCACGGGAUUGCUUUUGUAAUUUCUCCAACCAAAGCAUUUCCAGGAGCCCGUCCCGGCCAGUACAUAGGCCUCUUUAAUGAAACCACCAAUGGUGACCCAACAAACCAUGUGUUCGCAGCGGAAUUCGACACCAUGCAGACCAGCGAGUUCGGGGAUAUUGAUAACAAUCAUGUCGGAAUUGAUAUUAACGGCUUGAAUUCAACCAUAUCUGCUCCUGCCAGUUAUUGUAUUAAUGGGUCUCACUUUCAAAAUUUGAGCCUUAUCAGUGGCCUUCCGAUGCAGGCUUGGGUGGACUAUGAUGGAGGCAGCAAGCAAAUUAAUGUCACCCUAGCUCCAAUCAAUGUUAAAAAGCCUGAAACUCCAUUGUUAAAGUUGUCCCUAGAUCUUUCUCACGUCCUAACCUAUUCCAGUUAUGUUGGAUUCUCAUCUUCGGCGGGGUCGCUCUUAACUUCUCAUUAUGUUCUCGGUUGGAGCUUCAAGCUCAAUGGGGUCGCUCAAAACCUUGAUGUCUCCCAACUCCCAAAGCUACCACGUAUCAUUGGAGGAACAAAACAAUCCGUGAUUUUGUCAAUUGGGUUGUCUCUGCUAUCACACUGUUUACUUUUUCUUGUAAUUUCAUCUGUAUUUUAUUACAGGUACAGGAAAAGGAAAUUUUCAGAGGUUGUCGAAGAGUGGGAGCAAGAGUAUGGUCCUCACAGGUUCAAAUACAAAGAUCUUUACAUUGCCACAAAAGGAUUCGGGGAGAAAGAGCUUUUGGGUUGUGGUGGGUUUGGGAAGGUGUACAGAGGGACAAUGCCAGGUUCGAAAAUCGAGGUUGCGGUGAAGAAAGUAUCCAAUGAAUCCCGACAAGGCGUGAGGGAAUUCGUUGCAGAGAUUGUGAGCAUCGGUCGACUUCGCCACCGAAACCUCGUACCUCUUUUGGGAUAUUGCAGGCGAAGAGGUGAGCUUCUUCUGGUCUACGAUUACAUGCCAAAUGGAAGCUUAGAUAAAUAUAUCCAUAACCAACCCAGCGUGAUAUUGAAUUGGGCACAAAGAUUUAAAAUCAUCAAAGGCGUGGCUUUAGUGCUACGCUAUCUACACGAAGAAUGUGAAAAAGUGGUGGUUCACAGAGACAUAAAGGCCAGCAAUAUCAUGCUAGAUUCAGAAUUAAAUGGAAGAUUAGGAGAUUUUGGUCUGGCAAGAUUAUACGAUCAUGGCAGUGAUCCUCAAGCUACACGUGUGGUGGGAACUUUCGGGUAUCUGGCACCAGAGCAGGCAAGAACAGGGAGGGCCAGGACAAGGUCAGAUGUUUAUGCUUUUGGUGCUUUUCUGCUAGAGGUUGCGUGCGGAAGGAAACCCAUAGAACGAGAAAGUGAGGAAGAGAGAGUGAUUUUAGUAGAUUGGGUCUAUGGGUUAUGGAGUAAGGGUGAGAUUAUUGAAGCAAAGGAUGGGAAUUUAGGAAGAGAAUAUUCGGCAGAAGAGGUAGAGUUGGUGUUGAAACUUGGACUUUUGUGUUCAAGUUCAGAACCAUUGAGGAGGCCAAGCAUGCGUCAAGUGGUGCUGUAUCUGAACUGGGAAGUGCCUUUACCUGAUAUGUCUUGCUUUAGCUUGUAUUCUUCUCGAGGGUUAUCAUUUGGCUCUCAUGGCUUUUGUGAUUCCACUGCCUGCGUUCCAUCUUACUUUGAUAAAUCUGUCUCUCAUUGUUCAGUUGUCGAGUCUUUACUCUCUGGAGGUCGUUGAUUCCUUACAAAAGGACUCGUGAUCAUUUGAUAUGUAAAAUCAGCUAGCCAUGGCUCUAGAAUUGCGUGACCGUAGAGCGCAUCUUGGCUGUAUUAUUUGUUUUUGAUUGUUUGUAUUUUAUGCAUUUCAUAAACAUUAUACUCCG